AUGGAGUACGGAAGUGGAGGAAGUGGGUCCCCUGGGGACCACCUUCAUCACCAUGAUGGUUCUGAUUCCCAGAAGAGGAAGAAGCGCUACCAUCGUCACACUGCUAAUCAGAUUCAGAGGCUUGAAUCGAUCUUCAAGGAGUGUCCUCAUCCAGAUGAGAAGCAAAGGUUACAAUUAAGCAGGGAGUUAGCCUUGGCUCCUAGGCAGAUCAAAUUCUGGUUCCAGAACAGGAGGACCCAGAUGAAGGCCCAGCAUGAAAGAGCAGAUAAUUGUGCACUAAGGGCAGAGAAUGACAAGAUAAGGUGUGAGAACAUAGCCAUAAGGGAGGCCCUGAAGAAUGUUAUCUGCCCCUCUUGUGGUGGUCCUCCUCUCAAUGAGGAUUCUUAUUUUGACGAGCAAAAAUUGAGAUUGGAGAAUGCACAACUCAAAGAGGAGCUUGAUAGAGUGUCUAGCGUUGCAGCCAAGUACAUUGGAAGACCAAUUACUCAACUCCCACCAGUUCAACCUAUUCAUAUAUCAUCUCUAGACUUGUCAAUGGGGAGUUUUGGGAACCAAGGGUUGGGUAGCCUUUCACUUGAUCUUGAUCUUCUCCCAGGGAGUUCUUCAUCCAUUCCAAAUGUGCCUUACCAACCUGCUGGUCUUUCAGACAUGGAUAAGUCUCUCAUGUCAGACAUUGCUUCAAAUGCAAUGGAAGAAUUAAUCAGUCUCUCGCAGACAAAUGAUCCCUUGUGGAUGAAGUCAAGCACUGAUGGGAGAGAUGUCCUUAAUUUUGAAACCUAUGAAAGAAUGUUCCCAAAGCCAAAUUGUCAAUUGAAGAACCCCAAUGUUCGCAUUGAAGCUUCCAGAGACACAGGAGUUGUAAUCAUGAAUGGCUUAACUUUGGUUGACAUGUUUAUGGAUCCAAACAAGUGGAUGGAGCUAUUUUCCACUAUUGUCACAACAGCAAGAACUAUUGAAGUUAUAUCUUCUGGAAUGAUGGGUGGUCAUGGUGGUUCUUUGCAAUUGAUGUAUGAAGAGUUGCAAGUGCUUUCUCCACUUGUUUCUACUCGAGAAUUCUACUUCCUGCGUUACUGUCACCAAAUUGAGCAAGGUUUAUGGGCAAUAGUAGAUGUUUCAUAUGAAUUUCCCCGAGAUAACCAAUUUGCUCCUCAAUUUCGAUCUCACCGUCUUCCUUCUGGUUGCGUUAUCCAAGACUUGCCUAAUGGAUAUUCCCAGGUUACUUGGAUUGAACAUGUAGAGAUUGAAGAUAAAACUCCAGUUCAUCGGCUUUAUAGAAAUCUUAUUUAUAGUGGUUUUGCAUUUGGAGCACAAAGAUGGCUUACUACCCUUCAGAGGAUGUGUGAAAGAAUUGCUUGUCUAAUGAUGACAGGCAAUUCUACCCGGGAUCUUGGAGGAGUAAUUCCAUCUCCUGAGGGCAAGAGAAGCAUCAUGAAACUUGCACAAAGGAUGGUCAACAAUUUCUGUGCAAGCAUUAGUGCAUCACCUGCACAUAGAUGGACCACACUCUCAGGGUUGAAUGAGAUUGGAGUUAGAGUCACUGUCCAUAAGAGCUCAGAUGCUGGCCAACCUAAUGGUGUGGUGCUAAGUGCAGCCACUACCAUUUGGCUCCCACUCCCUCCACAAACUGUGUUCAAUUUCUUCAAGGAUGAAAGAAAAAGACCUCAGUGGGAUGUUCUUUCCAAUGGUAAUGCUGUGUCAGAGGUUGCUCAUAUAGCAAAUGGUUCACACCCUGGUAACUGCAUUUCUGUGCUCAGAGCUUUAAACACAAGUCAGAACAACAUGUUGAUACUCCAAGAGAGCUGCAUUGAUUCAUCAGGUUCCCUUGUGGUGUAUUGUCCUGUUGAUCUUCCAGCAAUGCACAUAGCAAUGAGUGGUGAAGACCCUUCAUACAUUCCUUUACUACCAUCUGGUUUCACAAUUUCAUCUGAUGGCCAAAAUGAUCAAGGAGAUGGAGCAUCAACAAGUUCAAACACAAACAUGAACAUGGGGAGGCCAGGGGGGUCACUCAUAACUGUUGCCUUCCAAAUUCUAGUUAGUAGCUUGCCAUCUGCAAAGAUUAACAUGGAUUCGGUGGCAACUGUUAAUGGCCUUAUUGGAAACACUGUCCAGCAAAUAAAAGCUGCUUUGAAUUGUCCUAGUUCCUGA